GCCAAUGUCAGACCAACGCAGCCAUCCUUCCCUUGUUUACUGACCUCGAGUUUUAAAUCUUCUUUAAACUGUCAGACUAUUUAAGCAAUAAGAUGUUUUGAACAAGGCAGUGUUCUCCUUCAAAGGCUCAUUUUCAUCGAGUUAUCCGUACGCGAAACCCGUGAGCGGACGCUAAAAUGCGCCUGACGCUGCAAAUGUUGAUCUCCCACGGCCGAGUGGCCCGCAGAAUUGGGCUGGGUCCCAAGUCCCGCAUCGACAUGCUGCGGAACAUCCUCACCGGACUGGUGCGACAUGAGCGGAUAGAAACCACCGCGGCACGGGCAGAUGAAGUCCGCUUCUACGCCGAGAAGCUGAUCAACUACGCUAAGAAAGGCGACACGGACGAGAAGGCGAUGAAGAUGGCAACUUUUUGGUUGACGGAGAAGGACCUGGUCCCAAAGCUGUUCAAGGUGCUGGGCCCGCGGUUCGAGACCCAGUCGGAGGGCUACACGCGUACGGCCCGCAUCCCCAACCGACAGAACCUGGACCGAGCCGAGAUGGCCGUGCUGGAGUACAAAGGCAACCCGUUCCCACCUCUCUACCCGGUCAAGAAACACAACCCGCUGACCCUCAUCAACCAGCUGCUCAGAGGCUACCGGGAGGACAAGGCCAAAUCCACACCCACCACAGCCAAGUUAUCAAGCUCUGGAUAAAUACUUCAACUGAUCCCCCCCAUUUCUUGGGUGAAUCUUGUUGAACAGAUGUUUCUGUAAUUAAAGAAAAAUUAGUCAAGUCUGUGUGUGUGUGUGUGUGUGGAGGGUGGGGGGGCUUUCCUUUCAUGUGAAGCAGUAAGGAAAAAAGGUUUGUGGGUCAUUUUAGUUGAAAACUUUGCUUUUUCCCUGUCCCUUUCAUGAUGUGGUGAUGAACUUUUUAAAAUUUUGUUGAUAAAAGUAGAAUUCUAAAUUUAAGUGAGUUUUCAAAGGCAGAAUAUUCUCAUUGUCUCUAGGAAAAAAAGUCCCCCCACCUGGAAAAAUACAUUUUGGGGUCCUAUAGGCAGUAGCAAGAACAUUUUUCACUUUGAUUAAAACCUGACUAAAAAUAGCUGGUCAAAGUCCCAAAGUUCUCAUUAAACAAUGAAAAAUUGUAAUCCAUUUUCACAUUUGGCUAAAAAAAACAAAACUAUACAUAUUUUGGGUUUUCUGGGGGGGGGGGGGGGGAUAAACAUUGCAUUUGCUCUUUUCUGUCUCUUCAAGGCAGCAGUAAAUAAUGCGCAAACACAGAUAAGGCCUAUAGUAAAACAUUUUUAUUCUUAUUUUGGCAAAAAGGGAAUCAUAUCUACAGCAUAUUUGACACCAUUAAAAUGCAUUUGAACAGUGCUUCCUUCAGUGCUGUGUGCUCUUAACCAGAGAUGCUUUAUUUAAAAAAAAAAAAAAAAAAAAAGCUGUGCUCUUCUUUGUCAUGUGUACAUAAUUCACCUUGUGGUCCAGUUGAACCCUCCACUUUGUGUGUUUAAAUGCAGAAGCAGUGAUCUGGUUUCUAACUCGUAGCAACAGAACAAUGCAGCAACAAUUGUCAAAAUGGUGGACACACCAAAUACUGUAUACGCCAGACAUGUAAUCAGAGGCAACCAUGAUAUAACUGACUUAAUGUACUCAACGCUCUCACACACUGUGGAUUAAAAAGCUCGGGGUGAGACAAAAAAUAAAUAAAAUCAGUAGUGUUCCCCCACUAUUUCGCAGAGCUUUAAGAUGUCGUUUUUUAUGGAGUUUUUACAGUAUGCAAGCAAAUUUGAGAUGAGAGUUGCGCGCCUUCAUUGUAGUACCACAUUGUGCUGCAAAGCAGAGAAUACAUGACUGUUGUUGUAUGCUCUGUUUCUACAGUAUGUGUUGCUGCUCAGCGUGAGUAAAUUUGCAGUUGUUUGCACGUUUGUAAUAAAUGUCACAUCCAUGCUAAUUUCCUUUAGCCCAUGUAUGUGGUUUCACAUUAUAUGUUAGCAUUAAGCUAAUAGACUUACGUUAGACGAAAUUAUAUGGUUUGGUUGAACAUUUUGAUAUUGAUUUUGUUUAAUACACUUCUUUUUUGUGUCGGUUUUGCAGUAAAUGUCAACCGGGAGUGACAAGUAUACAGCUUGAGCAAGCACGCAUUGCCUUUUUUUGUGGAGAGUCUUCUAUGUUUCCUCAGUGAUGUUAUACGAGCUUGACAGCAAAAAAAUUAGAAUAACUGCUAAAGAAUACUUUUGCUGUGUGCUUUAAUGUGCAAGUGUGUUACAAGCAUGUCUGUGGAUUAAACUAAAAAAAAUUUUUGUAUUAUUUUUUUUAUUUAACCUACAGCACGUGGGUCUGGAAUGUAUCCCCGUGAUGAACGGGUUCACUGUAUUAUGAAAACUGUACAAUAAAAAGUCACAAUCUUA